AUGGGGUCCGAGAAGAAACCCGAAUGGUAUCAGCAGGAGGUCCAGAGCAUCAACCCCGAGGCCCAGAGGCUGUUAGAAAGCUACAGCGGCUUCCAUCCGGACGAAAUCCUCCCGCACGUCUUGAAGCUCCGCGACGAAGCCUACUCAAUCUUCCACUAUCCAUGUAUCGGCCAGUUACGCUUCCUCACCUUCCAGCUACCCCACCAUCCAGUCUACCAGCGCAUACUGGCCCGUCUCCGCGACGAUCCAACCGCCGGAAUCCUCGAGGCCGGCUGCUGUUUCGGUCAGGAGAUCCGUUUCCUUGCCGACCAGGGCAUCCCGGGCGAGCAGCUCUACGGAUGUGAUAUAGAGCAACCGUUUAUCGAUCUCGGAUACCAGCUCUUCCGCGAUCGAGACCGUCUCAACGCCACUUUCGCCGUGGGAGACCUGAGCUCGCCCGACUGUCUGGACCACGCGAGCCCGAUUUUCCAGAAGUUAGCCGGGAAAAUCGACGUCGUCUUUGCGAGCUCGCUCUUCCACCUGUGGGACUAUGACCAGCAGGUCCGCGUCGCGACGCAUAUGGUCCGUCUCUGUCGCCGUCGACCCAGCUUGAUGAUCGUCGCGCGUCAGUUAGGGAAUACGCUGGGCGGAUCCUAUGCGAUGAAAGACGUCGCGGCAGGUUCUAACUACCGACAUAAUGUCGAGACGAUCAAGGGCUUCUGGUACGAUGUGGGUCAGGCGACGGGGACGCGAUGGAGCGUCGAGGCGGGGCUAUAUAUCGGCGAGGAACUGGCCAAGGUCAAGAAUGCCGCGUGGGCAAAUGAGAACGAUCGCAUGCUUUGGUUCUGCGCGACACUACAAUAG